ACAAAAAUAUGUAAAAAUUGACGUCAAAGAAAAAUUCAGUUUCCUUGUUUAGUUUUGGCAAUAUUUCAAAUGAAUUCAAUCAUCAGCUAUUGAAAACAGAUGUAAAAAUGUCUUAAACGUAACAAAGUUUAUGCUCUUAAACCUUGGAGGAACAAUGUUGGCAGCCAAAAUGUAAACCAACCUGUUUUUCUGCCUCGACAGGAUGGUUGUUUAGUAGAAGAAACGUUUAAAAAACUAAAACUUUCUCAUUUUGAGUGAGGCAAAUGUUAAACGUCUUUGCUAAAGUAAACUAGAGCGAGAUUGACGUAGACAAAAUGACCUUGAAUGGUAAUUUAAAAAAAAACAGCAUCUUAGCUGAAAUUUAGUUUAAGAAAGAAGACGGAUGUAUACAUUUUUUUUUUACGUUUUUCACAGCUUAUAUAAAUGAAUUCCUGCAUAGCUUUAACAAUAUUUAGAAGCAUUUUCAGUUUUGAGUGGUCACUUAUGUUGUCGUCUUAAAAUAUCAAAUUGUUUCAAAUACGUCAGAUAAAACGCGUUUUCUUUCUGGCGUUUAAGAGAGAAACUCUUGAAGCAUUUUUAUGACCUUCUCAAAGUAGUUUGUUUUAUGUUCUAAAUCCUUUUUAUCGUCUGUAAUUAAAUUACCAAACUCUUUGGUAUCAAGAAAUGUAAGAUAAAAACACAAAGGUAUUUGUUUUUUGUUAAGGUUGAUGAAACAUUUUUUCAAACUGAGUCACAGGUAAAGAUGAUGAAGUUUCUCUUUCAUUUGUUUGCAAACGAGGAAGCUUUCAGCCGAUGUCUUUGUGAACUCUUAGUCUUUUAACUUUUGAUACGUAUAUUAUAUUUGUGUUUUGAUUUAGUUCUUUUUGUAUUAUUCUGUUAAUUUUAGUUUUACUUGUUGACUUUUCUGGUGGAUUAGAACAAUGGCGUUGAUGCCGUCACUGGUUCUUUUCUUUCUCACCUUGUUUGCAGCAGACGUCCACUCAGUUAAAGUCCUUGACGUGUUAAAGGGCUCCACAGUUGUCCUCACUCCAGAUGAUGUAGAAACGUCGAUCAUCAGCGUUACAUGGAAACAUGGAGAGGAUCUGGCAGCAGAAUGGUUUGGAGGGAGUCCCACUUUCUACCACAGCUUUAACGAUCGCUGCAGUUUAAACACUGAAACAGGAGAACUGACGAUCAAUGAUGUGAGACUGGAGCACAGCGGUGUGUACACCCCAGAGAUUAACAACAGAAUACUAACUGAUAUCAGACUACAGGUUCUCUCUCCAGUCCCCAAACCCAGCAUUAUUUCUAACUGUAACUCUGAGCAAACCCGGUGUAUCCUCACCUGUGUGUUUGACAGAACAGAUGAUCUGGGAGAUGUUCAGGUUUUCUGGAUUCUUGAUGACAGCAGUGUAAAAGAAGGCAGGAAGCUCUCCAUCACAAAGGAGACGACGGAGAGGACGUUUAUCUGCAGACUGAACAAUCCUGUCAGCUCUGAGAGCAGCACCGAGCUGAUAAACCCUCUUUUGCCUAAUAAACCACUUAUCGUUUCAUUGGCUGUUCUGAUCCCGUGUAUUUUAAUUUUCCUUGGGGUCCUGGUGUAUCUCUACAUAAGUAAGAAAACCUCCAGAAUUUGUAUCUUUAUUGAGUAAAUCUGUGUUAUUGAUCUGAUCUUUAAUGUUUUUCUUGUGUGGAAUGAAUUCAGAGCAGCAAAUGUCCUCAGUCUUGUUGUUUUACUGGUUCUCUGUUGUAAACACACAGAGUUCAGAUGAACACAAUCACAUCGUUCUGCUUUCAAUGAAGGUCUCGUUUGUUAAAUCUGAAUUCAAGUCAACUCAUUCAUGGAAAAUGAGAAGAAUAUUUCAAAAACGUCUAAUGAAACCUGAAUGAUUCCACACAAAACUACAGAGGAAACACAAACCUGAUCCACGAGUUCUGAACUCAAAGUGUAGACGUUGAGAUAACUCUGUUUUGGUUUCUGAAACAGAAAAGUUCUAGAUUAGGAACAGAAAGAUCAGAGAAAGAUCUUUAAAAACAUGUUCAAGGAGAGAUCUAGAAUCUUCUGUACACAAACAUGACUGUAAAUCCAGCAGAAGUAUGUGUGUAAAUCACAGAGACUGAGCUUUAAGCAGAAAACAUUCAUGGGUUCAGAUUUGUUUGAUUGUUGAUCUUCUGUCUUUGUUGGUAACAGAAAAACGAAGACUUCAGAGGAGUAAGUAAAACACUUUAAAAAAAAAACAGACUAAAAUGGAUGUGAACCUUUAUUCAUCUCAUUCAUUGACAAUAAUGUUUACAGCCAAAAGUUUCCAUUUGAUUAGUUGCUACUGAUGGUAAUCAUGAGCUAACUCUGCUUUUGUUUUUCAUCAGUUGAUUGGAUGAAUAUGAGGUUGAUCAAAGAAAAAAAAAUGAAAAAAGGGCAGAUAAAUGUCAAAUCUAAAAUCUUCUCUACAGAGACUUGAUUGUCAGUGUGUAAAUCACAGAGACUGAGCUUUGAGCAGAAAACAUUCAUGGCUUCAGA